UUUGACUUUAGGGUUUUAUGUUCAUUUUGAAGUUUGAAUAUUGAGCAUACCACAACAGCAAAAGGGAUCAGGAAUCAGGAAUUACGGUUGAGGAUUUAGGAUGGGUCAAACUGAAAGCGCAGAAGCUGCGGUGGAGACACAAACGACGACAACCAACAACUCCUCUAAUCCCAGUUCUCUGGAAUCCAUGCUUGCAGAAGCUGCAGAAUAUGGAAACCAACAACAAACUGAGUCUCUUGAGGAAAAGGCUCAGCAAGCUCUGGAAUGCCCUUGCAUUGCCGACUUGCGAAGUGGUCCUUGUGGGUCUCAGUUCUCAGAGGCAUUCCUGUGUUUUCUCAAGAGUACUGCUGAAGAAAAGGGCUCGGACUGUGUAAAUCCAUUUGUUGCUCUGCAGAGCUGCAUCAAGGUCAAUCCAAAUGCAUUGUCUAAGGACAUUCUUGGCGAAGAUGAAAGCAAGGAGUUGGAGCCAAUCCAAGAAUACAAAAUAAUUCCUCCCAAAUGGUCUAAGGAAUCUCAAAGUCCAACCUCCAGGCUUUAAGGUAAGAGUUGGACUCUUUUUUGGGCUACUACUCAGAUAACAGUAUGCCAAAUUCAUUUUGAAUUUGCCUGAUUGAAAAAGUGAUAGGAUACAUAAUCUCCUGAAAGUGCUUCAUGUUAUGCACUUUCUUUUUGUAAUAAAGAAUGAAAUUUAUUUUCUACACAGUUAGGGGUUGCACACUAAAAUGCUGAAACCGUUCUUGCUAA